AUGCUCCAUCCACCAGGAUUGCAUGUGCGACAGCGAUCCGUUGGGCGCUAUGAGCCCGAGAGCAAAGACGAACAAGCAGAGGAGCCCUUACUUGAUGCAGUAUUCACUCCUACCAUCGUUCUCACCAAGAGAGCCGGUGCCGUAACGCUCUACGCUCUGUGGGCGAUGACAUUGGUCGUCACGUCAAUUGUCACUGCUGUCCUGACUAGGCGACUCACAUACCAAUCCCUGGGCGCCUUCGAUAAUGGCUUCGAAACGGAGCUUUAUAAGGCGAGACCACACAUCCAGGUCCUCCGAGAACAAUUUACCGGCAGCCUGGACUUCAAGGACCGCUCUGGCUUCAUCCCACCGGACUCGCCAAGUAUGAAAUACAUCGGCGCAACCCCUGACGUUGAUGCAGCGUGGAUGGAGCUAGUGGGAGACCGAUACUUCCUACUCUCGGACGAAGAAGCUGAUGCCGCUUUUGGCCCGAAUGCUGCUCGCUACUGGAACGUUCAUCAUGGCGGAUACGCAAUCGGACUUGAUGUUCUUCACACGCUUCACUGCGUGAACCAGUUGCGGAUGUCGCUCUACCCCGAGGUCUAUCCGCAGGACCCACGGCAUGGGGUGAUGCAUAAGGCGCACUGUGUCGAUCAUUUGCGGCAGCUCGCGAUGUGUGGCAGUGACCUGACGCCGAUUCCGACCCAAUGGUUUCCGGGACUUGGUCAGAAUUACAUCAACUCAUCACAGGAGCAUACCUGUCGAGACUUUUGGAGGGUCCGGGAGUGGGCUACCGAGCGCUUCAAUGGAAGCACGGCGGUCAAGCCUCGCAAUCGGGAUGGCUCUCCGCGAGAGGAUUUCUACGCUCCCUGGUCGCCUUGA